GGGAACUCUUUAAAAGAGAAUAACAGAGUUGGACAGUUUUACAUAAAUUGAACAGGAAAUGAUGUCAUUCUGUAGAAUAAUCUAUGGAAGCGAUCAUCUGCGCUGCAUGGUGGUGGGGUGGUGUGCAUGAAGGUGUGCAGACGUAAGAUCUUCACUUUUACUGUUGGGUUGCCAUGGUUUCCGGUGCGAUUAGCUCCUCACAGCUCGUGCUGUCAGGAUUUCUGCCUGUAAUCUGCUUUUCUGGAGACGGCGUUGCUGCGGGUUCAAAACCAGCCAAAGAAACUACAAGUUGUGCAACGCAAAAAUGAAUAUGAAGCCCUGAUGAGACGAGUUUUCUUCCCCACUGUCCUCACAGAGUGCAUGUGGAGUUAAUAUGGUUCGGGUCAGAGGUUGUCCUGCUGCUAUCCUCCCGGUUUGGUGCUGGCCGAUAUCACACAGGGUCGUUAAGAAGGCUUUUCUUUCUAUCAUUAGCCUCGCCCCUCCUCUCUCCUCAUUUGUCCUCGCUCCAUCCUCCCCGCCCCUCUUCGCGCCUGAUCGCCUACUGCCAUUUUACCCCACGGUCCCUGGCUGUGCUGGUCCCCCAUCCGCCUCUGCUCUCCCACCAGCUGCUGGUCUGACCCCAACAGUCAGACCAUCAGCGGAAAAAAAAACCAAACCCGCUUUCCUCUCAGGGCUUCUUCCACAUCUCGUUGGAUCAUGUUUCCUAAAAAGGUGCCUGUGAGAUCAGAGCAUGCAUUCGGCCCAAACCAUCUUGUGGGACUCCAAGCAUCCACCUAAACAUGCACCUCUCCCUACGACCUAUUCCCACCACUCCCAUGUGAUCGCAGCGCCACCGGCCAAACGGAUCACCUUCUACAAAAGUGGGGACAGCCAGUUCGGGGGCGUCAGGAUGGCCAUCCACAAGCGCAGCUUCAAAUGUUUUGACGCCUUGCUGGAUGACCUUUCCCAAAAGGUGCCCCUCCCUUUUGGAGUGCGGGUCGUGACCACCCCCAGAGGGACCCACACCAUCAAACACCUGGAGCAGCUCCAGGACGGCGGCUGCUACCUCUGCUCUGACCGGCGGCACGUUAAGCCAAUCAAUAUGGAGCUGGUCGGCAAACACCAGGGCGCUUGGCAUCAUCACAACCGGCGGCCCCAGCGGCCCGAAGCCUUACCCGCGACUCCGCCCGGUCACAUGCGCAUACCAUACAGGCCGCGACGGAUCCUGCUUGUGAAAAACAGUGAGCCCGGGUUGAGGAGAAGCAUUGUGCUGAAUAGGAGGUCCAUCAGAAGCCUGAAAGCGUUUUUAGAUGAGGCGUCAGAGGUGAUGGCGUUUCAUGUCCGUAAGCUGUACACAGCAGAGGGGCGCAGGAUCGACAGCGUGCAGAGCCUGAUGACUUGCCCCGGUGUGCUGGUGUGUGUCGGCCGGGAAGCUUUCAGUCCAAUGCUCAUCAAUUACAUCCGGAAAACGUCAGACGAAAAGCUGCCCGGUCUCACCAGCAAGUCUCCAGGUCUCGGUCCUCGAACUCCUGGCAAUGGGGCUCGGUCUCCCGCUACCCAAGGAGUAAGGUCUCCUCCGCACGGAGCUCAGUCUAGAGCCAGCGAGUAUGACGAAGGCAAUGAGAGCAAGAAAAAUGUUAACUUUGGUCUGGAAACCAAGAAGAGCAUUAUCCACCCUCGCUCUGACUCUUCCAAUCGCUCAACCCGUUUCUCUAUGUCCUCUGAAAAGUCGUUCGGGAUCUACUCCCAGGGAAAACCAGCCAUCAUGAACGAUGACAUUGAGAAGCGCGUUCUCGUCAACAAAGAUGGGACUCUCUCGCUGGAGAUGAGGGUGCGGUUUCACCUCCAAAAUGAUGAAACCAUCCAGUGGUCCACACAAAUUAAAAAGUCCCCAUCACUGACCACAGAAAGCUGCCCUCUUAGCCAAGCCCAGCAACAUUACCUGCAACAGGGUCAAUCAGAAAGCUGUUCUGACCCGGAUUCUGGGUCUUGUGAGGGUGUGGACAUCUCCAGCCAAUCUCUUCAGUGUGCUUUGGGAAACCACUGCCCCUGUUGUUACCACAAAGAGGAACAAAAGUUCGAUAUGUGGGAAAACCCAGCUCAUAGCCUCAAACAUGCUCCCAUUCCUCCUCCACGUGCAUCCAACCCCCCUACAAUGAGACGCACAUGCUCCUCCAGCUCCUCCUCCUCAUGCAGCUCCAGGAGGGUGAUUCGCUGCAGAGCGCACCAUUCCAAGCCUCCAGACGGCUCAGGGUCAGAGCAGAGCCAACUGGUCCAGCAAGAGAUGUGCAUGACCGAGGAAGUUGAACACAGAGUGGAGCUGGCACCAGAUGGAGACACUCAGGUCGAAGUCUGUAAGGUAAGCAGGUGUUGCAGUCGGACUGAACUGGUUGCUAUGGACACCAGCCUACGACCGCUCAGUGGGAAGUCUGUCGAGGGUGAUCUUAUGACAGGAGAGGAUGACAAUCGCUCAUUGUCAGCAGUUAGUAGCUCCUCUCGUAUUCUUCAGUCACUGAAAGAGGAUCAAGAUGAUGAAGAUGAAGACCUUCCACCCAGCGCCUCCCAGUGCUGCCAUAGAGAGGAACCAUCUCCAUCCCCAACACCUCAACAGAAUGAAAACACAAGCGUUGUCUCAGCCAAAAUGGGCAAUUCUACGAAAAGCAGAAGCCAUAUUGAAAAUGGGGAUAAAAGAAGUGGGGCAGGGUCAGCAGCUUCUUCCUGUCACUGUGGAGCAGCUUCUCCACUUUCCAAAGUUGGAGCAGAUGAGGUAGAACGAAGCUCCACUUCUAAUAGAAGCCAGUCUAGAACUCCAAAGCUUGAGGAGGUGGCAGCUGUGAAGGAGGAAGAGGUAAUGAGGCCUGGUAGUGGACGAUCUAGUAACAAAAGACUCUCAGCAAGUUCCCACAAGUCAUCAGAAGCCAGCGUUUGCCCACAUUGUGGUGGCUGCAAACGUGGGGUUGGUUAUAAUUCCAACAACAGAGCAUCAAAGAUGUCUGAUAGAACUUGUUCUCCACCUGAAUCCCCUUCUCCUGAUAAAGAGAGCGAAAAUGAUGGCCAUGACAGAGAGGAAGGGUCUCUCAGUCCCUCUUCAGCCAAAAGCAACAAGUCCCACAGGUCUGACUGCCAUAACAUCUCUAGUGCUGCAUCCGGCAAAGCAGAAGAAAGAAGUCCCAGGGCAUUAUCAUCUCAAUCCAACCUGUCUAGAAAGUCCCACAAGUCCAAAUGCUCCUCUGAAGCUGCCAUUGUCCUCCCUAGAGAUGAAGCAGAAGGAGAAAACAUCACAGAAAGACCAGUUAGCUCUGUAAGCAACAAAUCAGGAGCUUCAGUCAAGUCCCAUAAGUCUAGCUGUCUGUCAAACAAUCAACCUGCUGAAGAAGAAGCAGACAAAAGAGCUUCUAGUAGUCUUUCUGUCAAGUCGAACGGUUCCACCAUUUCUCAAAAAGCUGGUAGUGUCCUCUCACAGAAGUCCUCCAAAUCCGAUCUCUCUAAGUCUAGAACAUCCCAUAAUACUACUUUUAGUCACUGUGCAAAAGUAACAUCAUCCAGUGAGAUAAAAGGAGAAAAACCUAUGGAAGACGUAACUGACAAGAAGGAAGAAAAAGAGGUACAAGAAAGGACGGCAAGUGUGAUGUCAUGGAAGUCAAAUUUAUCUGACCGUUCUCAUGGAUCCUCUAAAUAUUCAGUACCUGCCCAAUCAAAAAUAGACAAAGAUGUAGAACAAAGGGCAACAAGUCAAAUGUCUGGUAAAUUGUCCAUCAAAUCUACAAAGUCAUCCAAGUGUACUGACAUCGAAAAAAUGUCAUCUCCAACAUUAAACAUAGGAAAGGAGCCUGAAGAAAGCCAAGCUUUAGAAGCAGAAGCACAGCAGAGGCCUGAAAGUGGGAUGUCAGACAAAUCUGGCAGUUCGCUAUCAUGUAAAUCAGCUUCUUCAGCAAAGACUCACCAUUCAAAGGCAGAAGUGGAUAGAUCACACAGUGCUACUUCAGUGAGAUCACACACCUCCACCAAGUCUAGGAGGUCUAACCACAGCGCAACAGAUCUCAAUGAUGCUGAGGUUCCAUCAGUCGAGAUAAAUCCAGAGGAGAAGGAAAUGGAAGAGCAUUUAGAAAGCCAAAGUCUCAAGUCUGGAAUUUCCAACAAAAAUCUUUCAAGUUCAAAUAUUGUCACUAUUAAAACACCAGAAGAAGUUGAUUUUGAGGAGAACAUCUCAAAAGAGAGGCCAGCAAGUAACUUGUCAGGAAAAUCAAGUGUUUCGUCUGCUUUCUCGCAUAAGUCCAAUCAUAAAAGACCUGCUGAGAUUUCUGUUGUUGAAACGCCAGAUGCAGGAGAACACGUGGACAAUAGUGCACCAAAAAGUAAUUCAUCUCAUGGCCAAACCCUCUCACCGAGAAGAAGAACAGCCUCACGAAGUUAUUCACCCAAAGAUCAAGAUUUAUCCUCGAGAAGGUCUUGGUCCCCGGCACAACAGUCGCUGCCAAACCCCAAUGCUGGGGAGACAAGAGGGACCAGUGCCUUGUCAGUUCACUCCAUAAGUUCCACUAAGUCUGGGAGAUCCAAAUGUUGCUGUUCAGCAGCCUCAAAGCAAGAAAAGACAGAAAAGGAAGAUGGGGAAACAGACAAUGGGAUAAGUGAGGUCUUUGAGCAAGCAGUCAGCACUGUCUCAACCUCACCAAAGAGACUAAGAAAAGGAUCGGGAAGUACAGCACAACCCUUGAGUCGUACCUCAUCUGGAUCUGUCUCUCUUGGGCUACCAGAGGACCAUGAUACAGCAGAUUCCGACAGUGGCAAGUCCAAUGCAUCCUUUCAUAGCAACAAUGACAGCAAGGUCAAAAGCAGAAGUAGAACAGUCCCUAAAAACUCUGAAGGUGUUGGAAGAGCUGGCUCCACAGUGUCCCAAAAGUCUAAUGGUAAUAACAGAAUUUCAAAUUCCUCCCACAAUCCCUCGGGAGUUGAUAUUCCAACUAUUGAAGUCCCCAGAGAAGGUGGGUAUGGUGAGGAACAAGAAGCAGAAAGACCAAGCAGUAAGGUUACGAUAAAAAGCAACCAAUCUAAGAAGUCCUGCUGUAGCUGUGAUGCCAAAGCAGCAGAUCGGACACCUGAGACAGAGAGUGUAAAGUCUAUAUCAACCACAAGCAAAAAGGAUACAAAGACCUCAGCUUCAAUAUCUGGAAGUGCUAAAGUUCGGAAUAAAUCUCCUGCAAGUGCCAGUGAAAAACAGGACCAGGACAGUAGACCAAACAGUGAGGCCAGAUCGUCUACUGUAAACUCUCAAAGUUCAUGUAGUCGCAGACCUCAAACAGCAGCAUCUAUGCAGUCGGAGUCCAAAGAUGCUCCAAAGCAGAGUAAAGAAAAAAAGGAUGGAGUUAAAUCAGACGAUUUGAUAACUAUCAAGAGUCACAACACAAAAAGUGAGGAUGGUAGCAUCAAUAAAUCCUCAUCACAUGGGAAAGACAUUCACGGAAAAUCAUCAAGUCCUUGUCCUCUACAUAACUCUAGACCAGGCAGCAAAGUAGAUGCAGGCAGUGAAAGCACCCUGUCUAAAUCUUUGUCUGCUGCUGACCUGCUGAAGGAAAGCAUGGCCACUGCGCGUCAACACAGGCAACCAUCAGAAUCCAGCAGAAGCAAACCAAGGAGUGAGACAAGCGAGAGGUGCCCAAGUAGAAGGGAUUCAAAGGAUCCAGACGGUAUGCUAGAACUGACUCCAGCCUGUCUCCCCAAUGCCUCCCCCAAUGAGGUUGUUUCCGACUGGCUACGCAGUAUCCCUGUUGAUAGCAGCAUGCUUGCAUUAAGCAGCGAGUUACACUAUGAAGAGGAAGAUCAGACACUACAGAAGAUAGAAGAGACACUUGGAGAAGAGACAGUAAAAGAGGAGGUCAGCCCUGAGGAUGAAAGAGAAAACGGGGACAACGGUGUUGAAGAGGAACACGACAAAGAUGGAGAAUGUCAAGCAGCAGAAGGGGAGAAGGGUCCAGGUCCACCUUCAGGUGACUCAAAGAGGGCUUCUUUGUCCAAGAACUGGCAGUCUUCUGCGGCAGUGAUGAAAGUGCUGUUAGGCUCCUCUCUGGGUCGCUGUCGGAGUCUACCUGAGGUGUCUCCAGUUUAUGGUCGUAGACUGAGUUUUUCAGCCAGAGGGCUUUUGGACUGUCUGGCCCAGCUCCAACUCCUUGAGCCAGCCGUGAACAGCAGCAAUCAGAAGGAGCGCAAGCAGCAGUACGAUGAGAUCAUGUCCAUCCUCCAGUCACUCUGGCUCACUGAGCCCAUGGAUGGUGGGGAAAAAAAGGCAAAGGGCGCACCCCCCGAACAGGUGACCCCACCAAGGUCUUCAUCUGGGGUGGGAAUGAGCAGCGGCUCCGGUGGGUCAGCAAAGGACAAUGGAAACCAGGGAGGGGAUCAAGCUGCAGCAACCCAGAUUGAGGAUGAGGCACCAGGGAAGAUCAUAGAAGAGGAAGAGGAAGAGGAAAACGUAGAGUCCAGAGACAAACCCGAAGAAACUCCUAAUAAAGACACAGCAGAAGAACCGGCAAAGAAUGAAGAGCAAAGCCCCGAUCCUGACAGUCUAGACAGCCCGAAAAGCAAUGAAAACCCAUCAUCAUCAGACAAGAACUCUACCAACGAUAGCUCCAAAUCUGCAACUGAUACAGAGAAAGAGACUCUGGAUGAUUCCCAGAGUGCCACGCGGCCACCAUUAUCCAAAAGACAGUCCCAAGACCCCGACCCGGUGUGGGUACUUAACCUUCUUUCCAAGCUGGAGAAGCAGUUCAUAAACCACUACAGUGAUGCCAUGGCAGAGUUUAAAGUCCGCUGGGACUUGGACGACAGCCUCAUUCUGGACACCAUGAUCUCCGAGCUGAGGGACGAAGUGAGCCGGCGCAUCCAGGACAGCAUCAAGCGCGAAAUAAAGAAGAUCCAAGGUCGAGCCGGAAGAGGCGGCAGGUCGCCUCGCCCACCCCAGUUGGCCAACCUAUCACGAGAGUCCACCAUGACGGAGAGGAGGCGGCGCAUGCUGAAGGUGAUGAAGAACCAGUCGGUGAAGACUGCUGACUCUGUCAGUGACGAAGAGACGGCCGGUGAGUUCAGCGAUCAGAGAAGCGAGGACGAAUACUGCCCCUGUGACGCUUGUGUCCUCAAAAAAAUGGCAACUCGGCCAUUCAAGAAGAAUCCUUUGGCGGCCGAUGCGCCUGUGAUGAUGGAGUUUGACCUGCUCAAGAUACUACAGAUGAAGAAAACCCCCCUGCCUGCACCAGUAAAAGCUCUGCAACCUGCAGAAAAGGAUGAUGAAAGUAUGGCUGCAGACCAGGAAGGGGGGAAUCUGGAGGUAGUUGAAGAGGAAGAAGAGUAUGAAACCAAAGAAGAUAUCAAAGCAAACGUUGUAUUAGAAGAGACUAUUCCAGAGGAAGAUGAAGAGGAGGCUGAAGAAGAAACUGAAAAAGAGAUGCAGCAAGAGGAAGAGACAAGUGGGCAAGAGGAGACAUCCGAACAUGCAGAAGAUGAGGAUCCAGCAGAAUGCACAUGUCAUUCUGCCGAGGAUGAAGAGGAGGCUGAAGAAGCGAGCACCUGCACCGACAAUGGUGAGGAAACAGGAGAGGGGGAUACUGGGGAAAACGAUGGCAAUACAGGAACUGGAGAAGAAGAGGAGGACGAUGACAAGGAGACGGUCAAAAAUGCAACAUCUUGCGAUGAAGAACCUGAAGAUGACAGUCCCACAAAAAAUGCAGAAAAUGAAGAAUCCACUUUGCUGGAGGAUGGAAAGGAGGAAAACGUCAGCACCUCUGCAGAAGCAGAAGAUGAAGAUGAUGGGGAGGAUGGAACUGGGGAGGCGGAGUCACCUGAAGAUGGAGGAGAUAGUGAAGAGCAAGAAGAGGUGUCUGAGGAGGAUAGAGCCUCAGUGAAGAAGUCUUGUGUGAAUCCGGCUAGCUGUGUGACCGAGGGAGAGGAGGCCGACGCCGAAGACUCGGACGACAGUAAACAGCAGAGCGACACCGGUGCAGAGGAAUCCGGACGUGACGAAGAGGACAAGGAGGAGGAUGCUAGUGAGGACCUCGUGGAGGAGUUCAAGCCAGAGGAAGAGAGCGAAGAGCAGGCCUGCGGAAAGAAAAAAAAGGAUGAAGCUCUUUUGCAUCAAAUGACCAAAACCUCUGUGGAGUCCCAGCCCGGCUCAAUGGAGGAGGUCGACAACCAUCAGGAAAUUCCCGUUGGCAACAAGAGAAAUCAUCCGCCAGCCAAAGACGGUCAGGAAUCUGAUGACUCCUAAACCACCCAACACAGGAAAACAUGUCAGGAUUUUAACAACAACAAGACUCAUUCUCUUUGGAUUUAAGACUCACCUGAACACUUGAAGCACUUUAUCCGUCCAGAUCUGGAGUGUGACGGAUUUUUCCAUCAGAUACUGUUGAAACCUGGAACUUGAAGUACCGCUUUAUUAUAUUUAGCCAAUUAUAUUUUUUGAGUAUUUUGGGUAAUUAUUCAAGAAAUAUACUGUUGUGGUAAAAUGACUGUUUUGGUGAAAUCCCAAAGAAAUCUUGGAGACAGACUUCAUUGUUUUUUUACCAACAGCUUAGGAAGGACUGAAUCCCCAGGGGGCAAAAACAGGCAGAUGGGUGAGAAGAACAAAGCUUUACUAGCUCUUCACUCUUGGAAUGGCACACAGGUGGAUGACAAGGCUGGCAGGGAUGGGACCGAAUCCUCCAGACUGAAGGGGGCAGCACUGAGCAGAUUCCCAGAAGCUCUGAGCAGGCAGGACACCACUGGGCAAACGGCAGAGGCAACGCAAUCUUUUAGGGGGCAUUGGUUCCAGGAGUAUCUGGGAAGACCCCCAGAUAGAGGGCAGACCUUUGACUAGAUAUGAGAACUGGAGGAAGCCAAAAUCCUAUAGACAUCUGGAGAGAAAUAAACAGCUGUUACUCAUCCAUAUUUGUCAAUAACCAUUUUAACAUCUUCUUGGUAAUCCUAAUUUUCUUCUGUACUGCCAUUAAAUCAAGUUAUAAACUGGCCAAUCAGAUGUCUUAAUAAAAAUAGCCGGUCCUAGGUCGAACAUUUGAAACGUUUGAUCCACAUAUUCUCUAGUUGUGGGGCCUUCCAACCAGCUCACCCCUGAUUGGAAUGACUCCGACCAAUCCCUGCUUACUGAUGUCGUCUGGCUCCAACAUGGCGGCGUCCGUAUCACGAAGAAAUGUGAAUGGACUUCAUUUGGCUGGAGCCUGAAUAAAUGAAGCCAUUUUCUAUGGGUGACAUCACACUUACUCGGUCCAGUUCUCAUAUACAGUCAAUGGGGAGAAAGAGGCGACAUUUGGGCAGAGACACAUUACCUUUUUGGCCGAACAUUAAAUAGUCCGGUGAUCAGGUGAUUGCUGGGAAAGGAAGACCACAAUUCUUAAGAGAUGGGAGUUUUUCCCCCAGAUUUUUCAAAGUAACAAUAUUUUGUGGUCAUUUGGUUGCCCUUUCACUCAUUUUCAAUCAAAUUGUUUACUUAGUUGUUCAUAAACAUCACUGAAGUCAUGGUGUUUAGUGACUUACACAAUUCACGUUUCCAUUUUCAAACGCUGCUGAGAUUGGACUAAAAAGAGUAGAAAAGGAGCCAACGCUCAAGAAAAAAAAGAAUGAAGAAAGUUUAAGACUUAUAUUUUAUGUAAACUCAGUUUCUAAAAUUGUAUUCAAUCAUAUAGCCACUAAUAUAUUUAUUAACUCAAUGACGCGUUAUCUGUUGAUUGAUUGACUUGUGUUUGUGUUGUUUCCUCUCAGGAGGUAAUGGCUGUACUCUCAGGACAGGUCAUCUCCAAGCCAUUACUUAAUUAUCUGCUUAAAUCUGUGGCGUGCUAGAAGAGCUGCCAGAAUCUCCAAAACCCUGUAUUGUAAUCUCAUUACCUAAAAGUAAUUUUGGGAACAGGCUACUCCUCCUUUCUUGUCCUUUUAUCUUCAUGCAGGGAGUUUGGCUUCAGAGUUCCCAUAAAAGUGUUGACAGAUCUUUGGUAUUUUCUGUUUAAGGAGCGUUCAAGUUUAUUGAUGCCUUAUGAGGGCGAGAGCGAAAUUGCUGCUUUAUCUUUGUUUUCCCAACAUCUUCUUUAGUGGAAGGAUUUGCUAAGAAACUGGACACAAUCGAUGACACUAGGAAAAACAUGAUAAUCAGGUUUCCUGUAACGGAAUUUUCUUUCAUUUCUCUCCUCUGAAGCUGAGAGUUUGGCUGAGCUUUCAACAUAGAUUUAAGGCAGAGGUACUCCUCAGAUGUUCAGCAUGUGGUCUGAACAUUCAGGACGAGGCAAAAAAUGUGACCAAAGAGACAAUGGGGGAAUGUGCCUACACUGCUGUUGGUUUGUUUAGCUGUGAUUGUCAUUUGCUGGAUAUAACUGUAAUGACACAUACAUAAAUAAACAGCUAAAUAUUUUCA